UUUUCCGGUCAAGGAGAUCCUCGUAUAGUGGACGAAUGGGUUCAGGGCCUUGAAAUGAUUUUCGAGGUCAUGGACUGUCCUGAUCUAUAUCGUGUCAUAUGCGCACAAAUCCAGCUGACCGGUGAUGCCCGACUCUGGUGGAAUGCCCAUUGGAGUAUGCGUCCCUGCGAGAAAGAAGGUUGUACAUGGGACCAAUUCAAAGAGUUGAUCCGCGGGAAGUACUAUCCCUCGUACUACCGAGCAGAUAUGGAGCGCCAGUUCCUGGCACUCAGACAGGGUACUCGUUCUAUCGACGAGUAUGAAAGAGAGUUUACCCGACUCAGAUCCUUUGUACCCGAUCUUGUGAGUACAGAGGAGAAGAGAGCUCUUUGUUUUACCGACGGACUUCUCCCAGUAGUCCGCCACAACAUCAUAGGUCACGGCAUCCAGACCAACGCCCGCACAGUCGCCAUUGCCCUGGAGAUAGAUGCCAGUAUUCGACGAGAAGCUAAUCCGACCUUA